AUGGAUUUGUUACGACGCCAAAGAACCAAUUCAAUGACGCAACGCGACAACGAUGAUUUCGCUAAACUCACGACACCUCUGCAACAAGGCUUGCUAUCUAGCGCGUUUAUUGGGUCGCGAGGCUCCUGCGGUCGUGCUGCCGACAUAAUGUUACGCGAUCCAUUGCCUCCGGUGUCACCACGUCGUCUGCUGUUGCAUGGCGCCAGUCAUUCGGCCGAGAUUUACGAUGAAGAUCUUCCGGAAUCGUUCUACUUCUCACCACGACUGAUUUCAGCGCUCAGUGCUAAAUAUCGAGAUCAGCUUCCGCUUGAACAACAUCAUCGACGAUUGAUUCAGAUGGCUUCUGCUGCUAUUCCUAUUAUUCAACGAUAUGAUGUGAAUGGAGAGCGGAAGACGAGCGAAUUCGAACGAUGUCCAGCUAAAGGGCGAAGCCCCCCAACCCAACAGAGUUCACCACCGAUGAUGAUGGGCGCAUCGUCUCCAAAAAAACCGCUGGAUGAAUCACACACACCGAAAUUGUUGAAAAUUCACGAUGGAAACAUUAUGCGGAAUGUGUCGGCCACGGAUUUCCGAGACUUCACUGAGAAUCUUGUCCACGAUCUUCAUGAUACGAAAGCCGCUCCUACAAGUAUCGAUGCACCAUCGGCACUGCCAGAAGCGCGUGUGCUGUGUUUGUAUACGGGUGGAACUAUUGGAAUGAGAAGUCAUGAUGGAGUGUAUUCACCACAAGCUGGCUACUUACCUGCUGUGAUUCGCACAAUUCCUCCUCUUAAUGACAAGACAUUUAUCGAGAAAAAUUUCGGCAGCUCGCCAGUGAAACCUUACUCACUGCCGCCAGUGAGGCACAUGAAGAAACGGGUUGUGUACUGGAUAGUUGAAUAUGAGCCUUUGUUGGAUUCCUGCGAUAUGACAUUCGACGACUGGAUCAGAGUGGCCACUGAUAUCAAAAAGGCUUAUCACAACUAUGACGGAUUUGUCGUGCUACACGGCACCGACACCCUGGCAUACACUGCUAGUGCCCUAUCGUUUAUGAUGGAGAAUCUUGGUAAACCUGUGAUUAUCACUGGUAGUCAGAUCCCUGUGGCUGAAGUACGUUCCGAUGGUAUGGAAAAUCUAAUCGGAGCACUUAUUAUUGCUGGAAAUUUUGACAUUCCUGAGGUAUGCGUUUACUUCAAUAACAAGCUGAUGCGAGGAAAUCGCACAAUAAAAUUGGACAAUGCGGCAUUGGAAGCUUUCGACAGCCCUAAUAUGCAACCAUUGGCUAAAAUGAAUAUUAAAAUUCAAGUGAAUUAUGAUUCGAUUUUCCGCACUCCGUACAUUAAUCCAUUCACCGUACACGAUAACUUGUGCCGUGACGUUGGCCUUCUGCGCAUUUUCCCAUCAAUGAGUAUAGACUCUGUUCGCGCCUUCCUUAAACCACCAACGAAAGGUGUCAUCCUGCAGACGUUCGGCGCUGGCAAUAUGCCAACCAAGCGAAAGGACAUCAUAGAUGCUCUAAGGGAAGCGAUUAAAGGAGGAUGUUUUGUUGUGAACUGCUCCCAGUGUCUCAAGGGUCAAGUGGAUGUGAACUACGCGACAGGAAAGAUUUUAUACGACAUUGGAGUUAUUCCCGGAUCUGAUAUGACAUCUGAAGCUGCAAUGGCAAAAUUGUGCUACGUACUCGGUAAAGACGAAUGGGACCACGAAACCAAGAGAAUGAUGUUACAAACAAAUCUACGUGGCGAAAUGACGGUCACGAACGAAAAUGUCGGAAUGCGCGAACUGGACAUCAUCCCACAUAUCGCAAAAUGUCUUCGAUUAUCAUCGGGUAAUGAGGUGCAACUGAUUCGCGAUACAAUCCUACCUCCAUUAUUUUGUAACGCAGCAAAAACGAACAAGCCGGAAAUUCUGAAGAAUAUCAAGGAGGCUGGUGUCAACUUCUCUACUCCUGACUACAACCUUCGUACCGCUCUUCAUGUAGCGGCAUCAAAUGGAAAUUUAGAAGCAGUACGCUAUCUGUUGAGCAUCGGUGCGAACGUCCAUGCAAAAGAUCUCUUCGCCUAUAAUCCUCUUCUUUGCGCAGUGAAAGCAAAAUCACGAAAAUGUGUGGAAGAGAUUCGUCAAGCUGGUGGCAUAAUCGAUAUUCCUCAAUUCAAACUCGGGGUGGAUCUGUGCCUGGCGGCGGCACAUGGCGAUAUCGAACAAUUGCAGUGCUGGGCAGCUGCUGGUAGCGAACUGAUUGAAACGGACUACGACAAAAGAACUGCUCUUCAUGUAGCAGUUAGCCAUUAUCAAGUCGAUACGGUUAGAUAUCUUCUCGAACAAGGUAUGGAUCCUCAUGUUGUUGACGAAUUUGGUACAACUCCGCUGAGUGUUGCGAAGGAAAAGAAUUUCCAAGAAAUUAUCGAAUUGUUGGAAGCUGCUGCGGCCAAACGUGGCAGUAGUGAGAACAGCGGAAGCGCAGAAAUUUGCAGAGCGAAUAUGAUCGGCGAGUUUAUUGCUGGAAAUCACAUGUGA